GGCUGCUGGCCAAUCAGCUUCCACAUCGUGGAUGCCGUGAAACUUAGAUAGCCAAUCAGCGCCAGAUGAAGUCCCGGCGCACCACGUGGGCGGAUGCGCUUCGUGGUCUUUGCAGAGCCAAGUCGGGGAGAGCGUGCCAGGGAUGCGCCCAUCCUAAUGGAGCCAGGCUGCAAGCGCCGGAAAACGGUGGAGCUGAAUGGGGCCUCCACAUGGGACGUGCUUCCCGUUCUUUCCGAGAGGGAAUCCCAGGGUGUGGUGCUAAUCCCCGCCUUUGCCGCACCCGUCCUGGACAAGAAGGAGGCAUGCCGCCUGGUGAGGGAGGUCUCUGCCGCCUACCCACUGGGGGACCACCCGCACUUGAAACGGGUCCGUGCCUGUAUCUCCGCAGAGAGCCCUCACCCACUGGAGAUGAUCCUACGCCUGGCCAGCCCCAAACCAGAGCAGGAUGGCUCACAGUCCCUUGCUGCACUUUUCCCCGAUGGCCAGGUCGACCUGCGUGGCUUAGGGAAGCCUUUUUUGACCCAGGUGCCAGCCUUCCCACCCUUGACCCGCCCCCAGUAUGAGGAAGCCUCCUCGCACUGGCCUGUCUCCUUCCACGAGGACAAGCGCAUCAGCCGGGCUCUCAGCGGCUGCCUCUUCACUCCCUCAGAAAAGGCCGCCAUGCAAAGCCAUAUGGAGCUGGCUAUCCGAGCGGCGCGAGGAGGUGUUCGGCUCGGCAUGGACCCGGUGGGGGCUGUGGUGGUUGACCAAGCUUCUGGGAGAGUUCUGGCGGUGGCGCAUGACUGCAGGGAAGGCUUCAACCCGUUGCUACAUGCCGCUAUGGUCUGCAUCGACCUGGUGGCCUGCGGCCAGGGAGGCGGGGCGUACAGUUAUGAGGAUUACCCUGCCUGCACCUUCCUUCAGCCAGACGGCGACUCAGGCCAUUCCUCCUCGUUGGGCGAUGGGCUCCCCUACAUCUGCACCGGCUACGAUAUGUACUUGACACGGGAGCCGUGCGUGAUGUGCGCCAUGGCUCUGGUGCACUCGCGCAUCGGACGGGUUUUCUACGGUGUGCCGUCCGCUCACGGUGCCCUGGGGACCAAAUACCACAUCCACAGCCGCAAGGACCUGAACCACCGCUUCGAGGUGUUCCGCGGCAUUCUAGAAGACCAGUGCCGCAGCUUGGCACAUAUUUCGGUUCCCGGGGAAUCACGGAAAGACAGUCCUUGAGGAAGAUAUUUCUUCUUAUGCUUCCUUUUUAACUUUUUAUAUGUCUUAUUUUAAGAGAAGUCUAGUGUCUGUGGAGCUUUGGAAUGUGUGUGUGUGUGGGGGGAGUUUUACUUACAUAUUUUUACUCUUUACUGUUCUCUUUUUUUUUCCUUUUGAAAUACAUUAUUUAAAGAACAGUCAUGUGUCUGUGGUAACUGGGAAUUUGGAGUACAGUGGUACGUCCGGUUAAGAACUUAAUUCGUUCCGGAGGUCCGUUCUUAACCUGAAACCAUUCUUAACCUGAAGCACCACUUUAGCUAAUGGGGACUCCUGCUGCCGCCGCGCCGCAGGAGCAAAGUUCUUAACCCGAGGUACUAUUUCUGGGUUAGCGGAGUCUGUAACCUGAAGCGUUUGUAACCUGAGGUACCACUGUACCUGAAACUGAGCAGUGACCCUCUACAGAUUUUUGGCACUUGUGAGAAUUUUUAUUUUGUGUGUGUGUGUGCAUUGUGAGAAAUGAUGACUAUCUGCUUAUAAAUGGCCCUAUGUGCAGUUUGCAGGUUCUUGAGUGGGACCUGCAAGAAAAUGUUGCAGUGCGGAAAGCCCUUGUUCAGGUACCUCCCUUCCCUUGACCUGCAGCAGUUGGUCAACUUUCCAAAGCUACUGAGCAUGUCCAGUCCUCAUCGGUGUUUUAUGGUCCCCUCAGUUUUUCUUUCUAAAAUUGUUUUGUACAAUGUACAUCUACAUACCUGGGGUUUCACUUGAGCCUGCUGAUACCUCCUUUGUUUGUGGAUUAUUAUUAUUAUUGCUACAUAGGGAUUCAUGCUUGGAAAAUUCGGGCACCACCAUGUUGAUGACCCCAAUGUACACUUCAUGUGGGGAAUACUAUGCAUAUUUCAUUGUAUUCCUGACUCUAGCAUCCCACCAGUCAGCAUGAAAAGGGAUCUUUUUAGCCACUAUAUGCUCCAAACCUAAGCAUUUGGGAACACUGAAAAUACAAGGUGCUUCAGUUUCAGAAGAAGGUACUUCAAGAUCUGUCUCACCAGAGUGGUGCAUGCUCUAGUUAUCUCCCGCUUGGACUACUGCAAUGCGCUCUACGUGGGGCUACCUUUGAAGGUGACCCGGAAACUGCAAUUAAUCCAGAAUGUGGCAGCUAGACUGGUGACUGGGAGCAGCCGCCGAGACCACAUAACACCGGUCUUGAAAGAUCUACAUUGGCUCCCAGUAUGUUUCCGAGCACAAUUCAAAGUGUUGGUGCUGACCUUUAAAGCCCUAAACUGCCUCGGUCCUGUAUACCUGAAGAGCGUCUCCACCCCCAUCGUUUAGCCCGGACACUGAGAUCCAGCACCGAGGGCCUUCUGGUGGUUCCCUCACUGCGAGAAGCAAAGCUACAGGGAACCAGGCAGAGAGGGCCUUCUAGGUAGUGGCGCCCGCCCUGUGGAACAGGUUUCCAUCGGAGGUCAAGGAGAUAAACUACUACCUGACAUUUAGAAAACACCUAAAGGCAACAUUGUUUAGGGAAGUUUUUAAUCUGUGAUAUUUUAAUGUAUUUUGGUAUUUGUUGGAAGCUGCCCAGAGUGGCGGGGAAAACCCAGCCAGAUGGGCGGGGUAUAAAUAAAUAAUAAUAAUAAUCUGUUACGUAUAAUGGAGAUUUACUGAAAACAACUUAAAAGUCACUCCAAAAUAAGAUAUUGGAGCACUCCAAAUCAUGUAUGCGCACAGAAAAUAGUACAUCAAGCUGAAGGGCAAGACUUUUUUUUAUUAAUGUAUAAUUAUAAGAUUGCCUGUUGUCUUUGUCCAUGGAGUUUUCUUGGCAGGGAUACUGGAGUGGCUUGCCAGUUCCUUCUCCAGGUGGAUCACAUAUAGUCAAAACUCUCCACUAUGACCUGUCCAUCUUGGGUGGCCCUGCAUGGCAUAGCUCAUAGUUUCUCUGAGUUAUUCAAGCCCCUUCGCCACGACAAGGCAUUGAUCCAUGAAGGGAUCAAUUGAUCCAUGAAGGACGUGCUAUGGUCCAUGGGGUCACGAAGAGUCGGACACAACUAAACGACUAAACAACAACAACAACAAUUAUAAGGUUAUUGUAUGAUCUUAGAACAGCUGUGGCUGCAACUCUCAUGAAGGGACCCAACACUUAAGUUUGCCACUAUGCUGUUGCCUUGUAUGAAUACAGAAAACCAGCACUGGCAGUGACAGGCGGCUGCAUUCAAGAGUUGAGCCAAUGGACUGUGAGCCUAGGUCAUGCCAUUUUAGGGGGUUUAAUGUAAUUUUCACAAGCUUUGUCAGUGAAGGGGGUCUUACGUUUUUGCUUGUGAAGAACUCAAAUCUGCUA